CUCUUCAACAACACUUGAUCUCUCUUCCAACACUUUCAUCUAAAAUUGGCCCUCCCUACUAAAUCACCGUACGCUACUAUGCCACCUUUGAGACGCAGCAAGAGCCUUUGUCUGGAUAGCGAUGAAACCGAUCCCAACGUUGACGGAUAUGAGUCGGACGCUACAACAAACACUUAUGCCUACCAGUCUGACGAGGAUCCGGACGACCUAUCCGAUUCAGAAUUGGAGGAUCCGCCUACGACAACAAAUAUAAAGCGGAGCAAAAGCUUUGCCGAGGAAUCGCUGAUCAGCUAGCAACUACUUCGUGAAAGCGCCGAUGAAGAGCACAAGGAAAGACGAGAGGUACUAGUUUUGAAGUACAGCGAUAUGCUCCAGUGGGAAAAAUGUGUCUAUUGUCUUGCUACAAGUCAACAUUGCAUGACGCCGAAUACUGGUCGGCGCACUCAGAGAUGUGAUAGAUGUGUCCGGCUAAAGCACGGUUGCUCGAGGAGGUACUGUGCUGGUGAGGCCAUCUCUCUCGUAAAAUAUUGCUCCUUUGCUGUAAAACUUUUUAGGCUAUCUGAUCGAAAACCUGUCUGUCCUAUUUGCGACAACCUAGACCCUACUCAGAACUGGGGAUAUGAUCCUAACAUACGCUUGCCCAUCGAAGUAUCAGUGACUUUCAUGGACAUUGCGACGUCAGCUUUGUGUGGUUGCCGCUCUUGCUUUCUGUUGUGGCAGGGACUAUGUCAAUUAGUGGAAGAUGUGUUGGUCGACUCCGAUAUCUGUUUUUCGUUACAAAAAGGAUUGCCUCUCUUGCUAGAGUACUUCAAUCCCGGUGAAAAAUCUCUCUCAAGUUGCGGGAGGGCACAAGUACUAGAGUUUUACACCGAGCUCCAUCGCCCAUCCAUAUGGUCAUCGAUUGGCGCAGCUAGGUCACCGAUUUGGUCUAUGCCAUCUGCCUCUGCAAUCAGACUGGCAAAGUCUUGGUUGGAAGAUUGCAUGACCAACCAUUCCAAGUGUGAAAGUCCACGGAGCCGGUUGCCAAAUCGGAUUAUCCACGUCGGUGGAGAUGAAGACGACCCACAUCUAUCUGGUUCCCACCAAGAGUAUGCGCACUAUAUUGCGCUAAGCCAUUGCUGGGGAGACUACGAAGCCCACAAACCUUUGACAACAACCACGAAAACCUUGAAAGACCGUCAGCGAGCCAUUCCUUUGGAUUCACUGCCUCAAACAUUCAAAGACGCUAUCCUAGUAGCUCGUUGGCUCGGAAUCGAAUAUCUUUGGAUUGAUUCGCUCUGCAUUAUACAGGACGAUGCCAAUGACUGGGCUAGGGAAUCAGCCCAAAUGCACGACAUUUAUGCUCGUGCAACUCUGACAAUUAACGCCCAUGUAUCCACCCACUGCGAUGGUGGGCUUUUUGCUCCAAUCAAUCGGUCCCGGGCUAAACACACUACCUUGUAUCCUCACUCUCCUAGUCUAUCAUAUCCCAUUCACGCACAUUUGACGGAUAUUUAUGAAGACAAUCGGGGUGUACGAUAUCAUUUCUCAAUCCGGACAAGCCCAUUAUCGACAAGAUGCUGGACACUCCAAGAACAUAUUCUAGCUCGCAGGACACUCCACUUCUCGAACGGCGAAAUGAUAUGGGAAUGCAAAACACGAUGCAAUUGCGAGAGUCAAGCAUCCGAGACUCCAUUUGACGAGAGAACCACAUCCAUCAGUACGCCUGCGCGUUACUACCGCGAAUGGAACGAGCCGCUACUGUCAAAGUGGAUACCGUUGGUGGAACUCUACACUAAGCUAAACCUCACCUAUGAACGGGAUCGGCUUCACGCGCUUUCUGGCCUUGCACAAUACAUGACCGAAAAUACCGCCGAGCAUUAUGUCUGUGGACAUUGGAAGCAAGAUCUUGCUGCCUCUCUACUGUGGGAAGCAGAUAACUCUUCAGGGACCGCGCUUAGGCCCAAAAGACACAAAGAUUAUUAUGUCCCGACUUGGUCAUGGGCCUCCCUCAGUAGGGGUAUGAUACGUUGGCCCCGCCUGCUUGCGCCAAUCCUGGAUGAGUUAAAGAUAAUCGAGAUUCAAAAUACUCCCGCAACCAACAAUCCGUUCGGAAGGUCGAGUUUUGGAUACCUUAAGGUUGCCGGUCUGGUCAAAGAUAUCAGAGUCAUCCGCAAGGAAGGUGAUACGAUAGACAUUUUCAGAGAUGAUUGUCGAAGACCUCCUUCUCAAUAUAACCUUGAAAGAUUUCAUCCAGAUACUGUGGAUGAUAAUCGUCUAAACACUGUUGAUGGUAUAAGUAUUAGGGCGAGUCUAGAUCUCUGGAGACCUGUGGUUGAGAUUUUUCCUGGAGACGACCUUGUUAUUCUUCUAGUAACAGACUGCCAGGCGAUAAUUCUCAAGGAAACAACGGCAGACAGCAACCGUUACCAACGUGUUGGUAUCGGUGUCUUGAGGUACAUAGACUGGUAUGGAUGGAAAGAAUGGCUGGCAAUAUUUUCUAAACGUACCAUUUACAUUGUCUAAAGUCCAAAUAUUCAACAAUCUUUCUUUAUUUUUUCUUUCCCUUAGCCAGUCCUUGUCUUUUAACUCGGCUUCUUCUUCUUUUUUUUUUUUUUUUUUUUUUACUCGCAAAGGGACAAUCACU